UAUCAAAAGAGCAAACUAUCCGAUAAAAGUACAGCCAUCAAAAGUAUAAAUCAUGUAAAAAAAGUCAAAAGUACAGCUAUUAAAAAUACAAAUCAUAUAAUAGAAGCCAAAAGUACAGCUUAAAAAAAUACAAAUCAUGUAACAGAAGCCAAAAGUACAGCUAUUAAAUAUUCAAAUCAUAUAAUAGAAGCCAAAAGUACAGCCAUCAAAAGUAAAAAUCAUGUAAUAGAAGUCAAAAGUACAACUAUUACAAAUAAAAAUCAUAAAUAGCAGCCAAAAGUACAGCCAUCAAAAACACAAAUCAUGUAACAGAAGCCAAAAGUACAGCUAUUAAAAAUGUAAAUAAUUUAAAAGAAGCCAAAAGUACAGCCGUCAAAAGUACAAAUCAUGAAAUAGAAGCCAAAAGUACAGCCAUCAAAAGUAUAAAUCAUGUAAAAAAAGUCAAAAGGACAGCUAUUAAAUAUUCAAAUCAUAUAAUAGAAGCCAUAAGUACAGCCAUCCAAAAUACAAAUCAUGUAAUAGAAGUCAAAAGUACAGCUAUUAAAAAUAUAAAUAAUAUAAUUUUCCAUGACUUGUCAUUGUUUUAUAUAACAUAUAAUUAUGGCUAUAUUAUAGCGAUAUCUAACAGAUAUCAACAAUUAAAAUAAUGCGAUAGAAUUCGAUAUUACAACACGAGUUAUAACCCUGUCAUCUAUUUUAUAUCGCUAAUCAUAAAUUCUAUCUCGGGAAAAAACUCGGUUUUAAAAGCCAAAAGUACCACACAUCAAAAAAAUAGGUUUUAAGUUUCAGGUCAGAGUUCCCCAAAUAUUUUUAUGGAGCUUUUAUCAGUGACUCUUCAGGAUACUGUAUCUAGAAGCCUAAAAAUCAAAAGGUAGCCGUUUUUGAAAAAAACGAUUUCAAACUUUUGUAAAUUAUUUUAUAAAAGGGGAGGGGGUGAGAGUUGUAAAGUUAAGGUUUUCCUUAUAAAAAAUCAAUAUUACCACUUUUUAAUUAUGUUAAGGUUAAUUCAGUAUUGCAGGUGAUUAAAUUUUGAUCAUCUUAAGAUGAUCAAAAUUUAAUCGCCUAAUUAACUAAUGCGAUUGUUGAUGGAAGCGUAAUUCAUAUAGUAUAUUAUAUAGUAGUUUAUUUAUUUAAUAUAAUAAUAGAAUGUUUCAAACCCUAAUUAUUGUUUUGUUAUUGUUAAUAUUAAACAUAAACUACUUUAUUAGAAAAAUGCCUAAUAUAUUAUCUAACAAAACAGUAAACAGCAAAGAAAAACGAGACCAUUCAUUGAAUCAGAAAAUUAUUUUUUGCUGUUGUUUGAAGAAAUGCUUAAAAUGUAUUCCAGUAACGAAGUUAUUAGAGGCUUACAUAAAAAUGUAUGUAAAACUUGAAUAUUCAAUAUCUGUGUACAGUUAUCCAACAGGCAUUUGUCUAACAUGCAAAAAGUAUGUAAACUUACUGAAGGAAAGUAAAGACAUACCAAAUGCAGUUAAAACUCGAUGGCAAUCUUCCCAAUUAUCUAGAUGUGUAAGCACUAGAAAUUGUGAAACAUGCACAGUUUGUUCAAAGGCUAGAUCAAGAUUUCCACAUAUGAAAAAAACAAAGAAAUUAGUAAGUUCUAAUAGGAUGUUUAACGUUUGCUUAUGUGCGAUCAAAAAAGGAGUUCAACAUCAAUGUACUAAAAUGAAUGUGUAUACAAAUCUUUCUGCUAAGUUAUUUAAUGCUUCGGAAAAAGUUCAGAAAAAAGUCACUUCGAAUGUUUUAAGAUAGAUUAUUAAGAAAAAGAAACUUAAGCAUGGAAUCCAGACCCAUCUAAUUACUGGUAAUUUGUUUAUUAGAUUUAUUAGUGUUUUCGAAUUGAUUAAAUCAUCUAAAGUAUUUUGUUAUUCAGGUGGGUUGCCAUUACCUUUAACUGUUGGUGUUCCUCAAUUAGUUAUUAGGAAAGUCAAAUUUGAAGACACUGAAACUAUGAUUAAUCAACUUGGACUUUCAAAUCACACAUCCGUCAAUUCAAAUCACACAUCCUUCUGAAAUCCUUAAGGAAAAGUGGAAUUCAAUUUGAGGCAAAUCUUGAAAAAAAACUUUACCAAAAAAGUAAACUCCUAUCUGAAUUUUAUGAUGUGAAGACAAUUUUUGCAGAAGAAAAAAAAAAAAAAGUUGUCAACCGAUGUGUCAAGAGACCUUGUUUAUGUUUUUCAAUUAACAGAGCUGUUUAACUUUGUAAUGACUUACAGAAAGCAAAACCCUUACCAAACAUUAAUACGAAUUGGAAUUGAUUCAGGUAAAAACAUUAUUAGAUGAAGAGAUAAUAUAUAACCUAUAUAUAAUAUAGAACUUAAUAAUAUAUAUUUUUUAAUAUAAAAUUAAAAUUUUGUAGGAGGUGGAUCACUUAAGAUAAUUAUAAAUGUUGGUAACAAUAAAUGUUGUAUACUAUUGGAAAUACAUCUCGAAAAGGGAA